GUGGUGACAACUUCGAAGCGCUUGCGGCAGGUCCCCGCCCCACCGGGCUCCCCUUGCACAGACAGCGAGCACAGGUAGAAGCACCUCACUUCUCAGCGUCCAGCCCUGGAGGGGCUGCGCACCCCGGCCGAGCCCGCCCAGUCCUCAGUCACGGGCCGGGCCGGCCGUUCUCCAUGGUACUGCGGAGAGCUCAGCUCCGCCCUUCUCUUUCAGAAGGACAGCACCCGGCGUCACGUAACCCAGCCUUCUCCGGCUCCACCGCCGCCUCUUCCUUCCCAGCUCUUUCCCUCUCCUCCUCCUCCUCCUCCUCCCGCUGCUGCGGCUCCCCUCCGUUGCCUGUUCUCCCCUCCCGCACUCCUGGAGAUAGACGCUCAAGCCUGACGCCUCUGAAAAGGCAGCCGCAGUCGCCUUAUCCAUAGACCUCAGGAAAUUCGCUUUGACUGAUGCAUGCUUCAGGCUCUGGCUCGAGCUGAGGGGAAUAACCACGCAGAUUUCUGGGUCCUUAUGAAAAAACAAAAUAAAACCAAAAUGCAUCACCAAUACACAACCAAUUGAUGUGCUGGCCUCUUAGCUUGGUCUUCAGAGGUGGAGAGGAAGGAAGAAGAGCUGUUGUGAUUUCCACGUCUAACAGCUUCUGCCUAUCUCACAACUUCUGGGUUUGAGUCCUACUGCUGGGGAGGUUAAAAAGAGAAGUAAAAUCCACCCUGUAAGGCCACGCACAAGGAACUGAGCUUUUGCUGCAGUGGUGCUGAAGUACAUGGCAUGAUGGAAGAAGCAAGCCUUUGAAGCUGUUCUGAGGUUACUAAGUGGUGCCCCGAAGAGGGGAGACUCCUCCCUGCAUUCUGGUUUGGGACACUACAUCUGCAGGAGAAGCAUUCGAGGCAUCCACAAGCAUCCCAGGAUACCGGUCUUUUGUACUUCCCUGAGAAAAGUGUUUGCUUCUUGCUGAGUCUAACUGCUUCACCUUGGCCUGGUAAUGCUGGUGGUACUCGGCAGGUAAUGGUCUUUGAGCAGUGAAGUAUCUGCUGACACCACACAUGCCCUUAAACUAGUUCAUCAGACUCCAAUGGAUCAGUGAUACCCCUUGAUCUUCUGUUGACACCUUUUCCAGCACGUUUCCUCCAAACUGUAUCCACCCUUUGGUCUGGAAGUUGUGUGGCUGCCCUGUACCACCGGGGUCUACGUUUUCCAGUUGGAAGGGGACUACAGGGAGAGAGAGAGGGGUUGUUGGAAGAAGAAGAAGAAAAAAAGAACUAGAUAAAGGAGGGCUCCUCCCUCCCGUCCUGCCCGUCCCUUUCCCCUCCUUCCUUUGGGGACCCUUAUUUCUCCAUCACGGUGUCCAGGACCAUUUUGACCCUGUCGACCCCGGCACCCCCCCGCCGCACCCCAGCCCCGAGCAUGGGGACGGCGCUGCUGCAGCGCGGGGGCUGCUGUCUGCUGUGCCUCUCGCUGCUGCUCCUGGGCUGCUGGGCCGAGCUGGGCAGCGGGCUGGAGUUCCCGGGCGCCGAGGGCCAGUGGACGCGCUUCCCCAAGUGGAACGCCUGCUGCGAGAGCGAGAUGAGCUUCCAGCUGAAGACGCGCAGCGCCCGCGGCCUCGUGCUCUACUUCGACGACGAGGGCUUCUGCGACUUCCUGGAGCUGAUCCUGACGCGCGGCGGCCGCCUGCAGCUCAGCUUCUCCAUCUUCUGCGCUGAGCCCGCCACGCUGCUGGCCGACACGCCGGUCAACGACGGCGCCUGGCACAGCGUGCGCAUCCGCCGCCAGUUCCGCAACACCACGCUCUUCAUCGACCAGGUGGAGGCCAAGUGGGUGGAGGUCAAGUCCAAGCGCAGGGACAUGACGGUGUUCAGCAGCCUGUUCGUCGGGGGGCUGCCCCCCGAACUGCGAGCCGCCGCGCUGAAGCUCACGCUGGCCUCGGUGCGGGAGCGCGAGCCCUUCAAAGGGUGGAUUCGGGACGUGAGGGUCAACUCCUCCCAGGCGCUGCCGGUGGACAGCGGCGAGGUGAAGCUGGACGACGAGCCGCCCAGCAGCGGCGGGGGCAGCCCAUGCGAGGCGGGCGAGGAGGGCGAGGGCGGCGUGUGCCUCAACGGGGGCGUGUGCUCCGUGGUGGACGACCAGGCCGUGUGCGACUGCUCGAGGACCGGCUUCCGCGGCAAGGACUGCAGCCAAGAAGACAACAAUGUGGAAGGUCUGGCGCACCUGAUGAUGGGCGACCAAGGAAAAGAAGAAUAUAUUGCGACUUUCAAGGGAUCUGAAUACUUCUGCUACGACUUGUCUCAAAACCCCAUUCAAAGCAGCAGCGAUGAAAUAACUCUGUCCUUUAAAACCCUUCAGAGGAAUGGACUGAUGCUUCACACUGGGAAAUCAGCUGAUUAUGUCAAUCUUGCCCUGAAAAAUGGCGCUGUCUCUCUGGUCAUUAAUUUGGGAUCAGGGGCCUUUGAAGCACUAGUGGAGCCCGUGAAUGGGAAGUUUAAUGAUAAUGCCUGGCAUGAUGUGAAAGUCACCAGGAAUCUGCGUCAGCACUCAGGCAUUGGACACGCUAUGGUAAACAAACUACAUUGUUCGGUGACAAUAUCAGUGGAUGGGAUUCUUACCACAACGGGCUACACACAAGAAGACUAUACCAUGCUGGGGUCUGAUGACUUUUUCUAUGUUGGAGGCAGUCCCAGCACAGCCGACCUUCCAGGGUCACCUGUCAGUAACAACUUUAUGGGCUGUCUCAAAGAGGUUGUAUAUAAAAAUAAUGAUGUAAGGCUGGAAUUAUCUCGACUUGCCAAGCAAGGGGAUCCUAAGAUGAAGAUUCAUGGAGUGGUGGCAUUUAAAUGUGAGAAUGUUGCGACUCUAGACCCAAUCACCUUCGAAACCCCAGAAUCUUUUAUCUCUUUACCUAAAUGGAAUGCAAAGAAAACAGGCUCCAUAUCAUUCGAUUUCCGCACAACAGAACCAAAUGGCCUCAUCUUAUUCAGCCAUGGCAAGCCAAGACAUCAAAAAGACGCUAAACACCCACAGAUGAUAAAGGUGGACUUCUUUGCUAUUGAGAUGCUGGAUGGCCAUCUCUACCUCCUCCUGGACAUGGGGUCAGGUACUAUAAAAAUAAAAGCCCUGCAGAAGAAAGUGAAUGAUGGAGAAUGGUACCACGUGGACUUCCAGAGAGACGGACGGUCAGGUACCAUUUCUGUCAACACACUGCGCACGCCCUACACCGCUCCUGGUGAGAGUGAAAUUUUGGACCUGGAUGAUGAGCUGUAUCUGGGGGGCUUGCCAGAAAAUAAAGCUGGCCUUGUCUUCCCCACCGAGGUGUGGACUGCUCUGCUCAACUAUGGCUAUGUGGGCUGCAUCAGGGAUUUGUUCAUUGACGGCCAAAGCAAAGAUAUCCGGCAAAUGGCUGAAGUUCAAAGUACUGCUGGAGUGAAGCCCUCCUGCUCAAGGGAAACAGCAAAACCGUGCCUUAGCAAUCCUUGCAAAAACAAUGGCAUGUGCAGGGAUGGGUGGAACAGAUAUGUCUGCGAUUGUUCCGGAACAGGCUAUCUUGGCAGGUCUUGUGAGAGAGAGGCAACGGUAUUGAGCUAUGACGGGAGUAUGUUUAUGAAAAUCCAGCUCCCAGUGGUCAUGCACACGGAGGCUGAGGACGUGUCCUUAAGGUUCAGAUCCCAGCGUGCAUACGGGAUUCUAAUGGCAACCACGUCUAGAGACUCGGCAGACACACUCCGCCUGGAGCUAGAUGCUGGGCGUGUGAAACUGACGGUCAACCUAGAUUGUAUCAGGAUUAACUGUAAUUCCAGCAAAGGUCCCGAGACCCUUUUUGCUGGCUAUAACCUCAAUGAUAAUGAGUGGCACACAGUGCGUGUGGUCCGACGAGGAAAAAGUUUAAAGUUAACUGUGGAUGACCAACAGGCCAUGACAGGUCAGAUGGCGGGUGAUCACACGAGGCUGGAGUUCCAUAACAUAGAGACUGGCAUCAUCACGGAACGACGGUACCUUUCUUCGGUCCCUUCCAACUUCAUUGGACACCUGCAGAGCCUGACAUUUAAUGGAAUGGCAUACAUUGACCUGUGUAAAAAUGGCGACAUAGAUUACUGUGAGCUCAAUGCCAGAUUUGGCUUCAGGAACAUCAUAGCAGACCCCGUCACCUUCAAGACCAAAUCGAGCUAUGUUGCCUUAGCUACACUGCAAGCCUACACUUCUAUGCAUCUCUUUUUUCAGUUCAAGACAACAUCCCUAGAUGGACUAAUUCUGUAUAACAGUGGAGAUGGGAAUGAUUUCAUUGUGGUUGAAUUAGUUAAAGGGUACUUACAUUAUGUGUUUGACUUGGGAAAUGGUGCUAACCUCAUCAAAGGGAGCUCAAAUAAACCUCUCAAUGACAAUCAAUGGCACAAUGUGAUGAUAUCAAGGGACACCAGCAAUCUCCACACUGUAAAGAUUGACACGAAGAUCACGACGCAGAUCACUGCCGGAGCCAGGAACUUAGACCUCAAGAGUGACUUGUACAUUGGAGGAGUGGCUAAAGAAACGUACAAAUCCUUGCCCAAACUCGUUCACGCAAAGGAGGGUUUCCAAGGCUGCCUGGCAUCGGUUGAUUUAAAUGGACGACUUCCGGACCUCAUCUCAGAUGCUCUUUUCUGCAAUGGACAGAUUGAGAGAGGAUGUGAAGGGCCCAGCACAACCUGCCAAGAGGACUCGUGUUCCAACCUAGGCGUGUGCUUGCAGCAGUGGGACGGCUUCAGCUGUGACUGCAGCAUGACCUCCUUCAGUGGGCCGCUCUGCAACGACCCUGGGACAACGUACAUCUUUAGCAAAGGUGGUGGACAAAUCACAUAUAAGUGGCCUCCUAAUGACCGGCCCAGCACCCGAGCAGACAGACUGGCCAUAGGGUUCAGCACUGUUCAGAAGGAAGCUGUGUUGGUGCGUGUGGACAGUUCUUCAGGCCUGGGGGACUACUUGGAACUGCACAUACACCAAGGAAAAAUUGGAGUUAAGUUUAAUGUUGGGACAGAUGACAUUGCCAUUGAAGAAUCCAAUGCAAUCAUCAAUGAUGGAAAAUACCACGUAGUUCGUUUCACGAGGAGUGGUGGCAAUGCCACGUUACAGGUGGACAGCUGGCCAGUUAUCGAGCGCUACCCUGCAGGAAACAAUGAUAACGAGCGCCUGGCGAUUGCUAGACAGCGAAUUCCAUAUCGACUUGGUCGAGUAGUUGAUGAAUGGCUACUCGACAAAGGGCGUCAGCUCACAAUCUUCAAUAGCCAAGCAACCAUAAUAAUUGGCGGGAAAGAGCAGGGCCAGCCUUUCCAGGGCCAGCUCUCUGGGCUUUACUACAAUGGCUUGAAAGUUCUGAAUAUGGCAGCUGAAAACGAUGCCAACAUCGCCAUAGUGGGAAAUGUGAGACUGGUUGGUGAAGUGCCUUCCUCUAUGACAACGGAGUCGACAGCCACUGCCAUGCAGUCAGAGAUGUCCACAUCGAUUAUGGAGACCACCACGACCCUGGCUACUAGCACGGCCAGAAGAGGAAAGCCCCCCACGAAAGAACCCAUUAGCCAGACCACAGAUGACAUCCUUGUGGCCUCAGCAGAGUGUCCCAGUGAUGAUGAGGACAUUGACCCCUGUGAGCCGAGCUCAGGUGGGUUAGCCAACCCGACCCGAGCAGGAGGCAGAGAGUCCUACCCAGGCUCGGCAGAAGUGAUCCGGGAGUCCAGCAGCACCACAGGCAUGGUCGUGGGGAUAGUAGCCGCCGCCGCCUUGUGCAUCCUUAUCCUCCUUUAUGCCAUGUACAAGUACAGAAACCGGGAUGAAGGCUCCUACCAUGUGGAUGAGAGUCGAAACUACAUCAGUAACUCAGCACAGUCGAAUGGGGCAGUUGUCAAGGAGAAACAACCCAGCAGUGCAAAAAGCGCCAACAAAAAUAAGAAAAACAAGGAUAAAGAGUAUUACGUCUGAUCCCAAGAUCUUCAAUGGACACUUGUAUAGAAAUAGUCUUCAUUUUAUCUGAGACAUAAUAUAAACUUAUUUACUUUCCUUUUUAUGAAGCACAUACAAAAGAAGACAGGGAAUGCAAUCAGGAAGGAAAGACUUUUUAAAAAAUAAAAACAAGUAUCUUAUGCUCUUGUUUCUCAAAAAAAGAAAAAAAAUAAAAAAGAAAGAAAAACAGGGGCCAAUAAAUUCCCUAACAUUCACAGUGUUUUCAUUUACUCUGCCUGUCUUUAUGUUGCUGGAACAUUCCAAAAAGACAGUGAUGGCCGCACGCAUUCAUAAAGCAAAGGAGUAUUAAAUAUGGAGGCACAACACAGAACAGAACACACAAAAAAGAAGCUACCUAUGAUCCUGGAUUUAGCCAAAGUGCUAGUGCUUUCUUGAGAAGUCAGUUAGUCCGAUUGCCAGACAAGACUGUCAUUUUGGGUGACUCAACCUGCAAACCUUUAAGCGUUUGCAGCCUGGUGCAACUGGAGCGAUGGUUGGAACUUGGAUUUGAAACAAAGUGCUGGCUUUUUUGAAGACUUGUGUCGUAACACAUUCAAAAAGCCCCUUUCUGGUUGUUAAGAGAGGAAAAGAAAAGUAUGGAGGCCUUAUUUUCAAAAACGUGAAAUAUAAGGCACAUUUUCACACAAAAAAUUUCAAAACAAAAACAAGAGGGCAUAGAUGCAAUCAUUGGGAAAUUUUCAUGCACGCUUACUAUGUUAUUACAUAUGUUUAUAUAAAAUCCAUCUCUGUGUGCUUUCUGGACUGUAAUAAGUGACGUUUUAUAGCCUGUUGUAUAGAAAAUGCAAAAUAUAUCUCUGCUCUUCAGCCAUUUUUUGGUAAAUUCAAUGUUAUAAGUGUUGCUAAGUAUAGGGAGUUUUAUGACAUCAGAGCAACAAUGAUUUCAGGUUUGUUCUUUUUUUUUUGCCACCAUUAUAAAUUGCCACAAUUACUUUCAUUUUUUUAAAAAAAUUAUAGUGUAGUGUUUAUUCUAAGGAAGAUAUGUAUGAAUGUAUAUAAAAAAACUCAGCCUUUUUUCUUACCUGUACAGCCUUCAUUCUGUUGCAAUUAAGUUUUAGUAUUUGUAUGAAAGGUGUGAAUUAGAAGGUAAAUGUAUACAUAUCGUAUAUCUUAUACUAUUUUUGCCCCCAAGUACUCACGUUCCCACAUACUUUCACAUUCACCAUCACACACACACACACACAAAUCCACACGAAUCCACCAAAUAUGAUGGCAGACCCCAACAUACAAAUAGUAGUAAAUAUUUUCUGAUAAAUUGAAAAGCAGAAAGGAAGAUAGUUGUGCCAAGGUAUUGAUGGCAAAUGGAGGGAUUCGCUUCCCUGAGAUCUUGCUCCCAGGAAUCCCCAAGAAGAUUUUAGUCCCUAAUGCAAUAGAACCUUUUCUAAUCAAAUAGAAUAUCAUCGGUAUACUGCUGCAUGAAUAUGAACCUUUAUGUAGGCAGGUACUGGAAGCAAAAUUGGUUAAUCUACACCUUAACUCUGGCUGUUGCAAUUGAAAAGUUUGUUUCUAAUAAAAUAAUAUAUAUAUUCUCUGAAACUGAUGUGCAUGAUAAACAUUUUUGGAAAGUAAACACUUUCUCAACUAGGAAAGUAUUUUCAAUCAUUUCUGAUUCUGUAUUACUACCCACUUAAAACAACCAUUCUCUAUCUUGAUUAUUGACUAUGUUUUAACAUUUCUUGUUUUACAUAUAUAUCAUUAAGUAUAGUUUUAGUUUAACACAUUAUGUAGUAGAAAACAAUAGAUUAUACACUUGUUUUUGCACACUGUUUCAAUGAUGUUCAUAGCAAUAAAUUAUUAGUAUGAGAAGGUAAUGCAAAUGAAAUGGAUUAUUAGAUUGCAAAGUGAUGCUUCAGUAGAAAUUGGUUGCAUUAUUUGAACAUCUUCUAAAAGAAUGAUAUUAAUUUUCAUGGAAGAGAUGCAUACCUUUACAGUUAGCUUUGACCAACAAAGACAAAAAAUGUAAAACAUCUCUGUGAUACUUUAGUUGAUGAAAGUGGCCUGGAUUUGAGAUAUACAGCACUUAAGACGUGUAUACAAUUUACAGCAAAUCGCCCCUGUGUCUGGUUGCCAAGGAAUUGUUGUGUACGAAGAGUCUUAAGUUUUUCAUGACCUAGAAAGUAGAAGGUAUAAAACUAAAAUUUAAUAUCCUUUACUUCUGUUUUUUGUUUUUAUCUUGUUUUAAUUUGCCAGGUUAAAGAAUUCACAUGUCUUUUCCCCCCUUCUCAUUCAGUCUUACUCAGGGAAAGCCAGUGAAAUAAAAAGGGAAAUAUAAAACCACUAAUUCACAUAUUAAUUUUUUUUUAAAUUCAUUGCUUUUCCAUUUGACGUCUUAAACCAGAAUGAGUUUUCAUCUAGAAAGAUUCUAAAAUGUGACAGAAAAUAAACUGAACAAUGGUAUGUUUAAGCAGUAUAUCUAUGAAACCUGGUGUUUGCGUUCAAUAUUUCUUCCCAGAAUAAAUUUUAAAAUUACAUGCAAAGAUACAAUCUUAUAUGCAUGUGUUACCAGUAAAAAUAUUUCUACUGUUAUUGGCCUACACAAAAAUCAAACAGUUUAUUUUUUUUUCCUGAAAAUGGAGAAAGAAAAGAGAGAACCAUGAGUUAAGGAGAGGAAAUGACUUGGAUAAAAUCCCCAUUAUAUUGAUACCAAAUGUAUUGGGAUUCAUUCAGAGUUUGCAGUUAAUAGAGGAUUUCACACUACCUGGCAUAAGUCUGAUUACAUCUCUAGACUGUGACUUUUCUGAUUGAGUAUGCUUCUUUUGUAUCCACAUAAUGUGUUGACUUUUUAAAACAAGAAAAAUACUUCAAUAACAUGUGAAGUGGUCAAUUCCUAAGACAUCAGAGAAAGGCCACAGGACCCUACCCUUCUAGUGCUUUGUGUGAUUGGGUAUCUAAGGGGGUUUCUUUGUUUUUUUGUUUUUGUUUCUGUUUUUCUGUUGCAAGGCCAAUUUAUCCAUUAAUGGAAAUGCUAAGCAAGUGGAAUUUACUGUUUUGUUAAUAAAAUAUUUCUUAAUACAA